UCGAACAUCGCCGCGCUCCAGCAAAACAGCCUGCCGCCAAGCUUUCUUUCUCUCGAGAAUUUUCCUUCACCGCACACAGCCGCUCUUGAUCGUCAUGAAGGUCUUGGCGCUGAUCCUCUCCCUCUGCCUGAGCGCCGCUGUUGCCCAGCAGCAGCAGCAGCAGCAGAGCUCCACCGCUGAGAAGGACCCUCACGCCAGCUGGUGCCACGAGUGGGUGUCUCGCGCCGUGGUGGAGGUGAACCCGAAGGCCAAGGUGAACAACCUCAAGCUGCCCAAGGAAGCCCACAAAUCCCCGCACGCGUGUCGCCUCGCCUGCGCUGAGGCGGAGGAGUGCUCCUUCUUCGCCUUCAGCCACAAGGAGGAGCAGUCCUGCGCCCUCCUCACGAACGCCAAGGGCAGCAAACUCUCCUUCGGGGGAGAGGGCAUCGUCGGACCCAAGGAGUGCACACGUACGUCAACCAGCCACGGACAGACAGGCAGACAGACAGAUGUGUCUCAGCAUCAUCGUACACGUGUCUCUCUGGUUAUGGUCCUGCCUGUCUGCCUGCCUUUGUGUUGUGUCUGGUGCGGUGCAGUCAUGAGCCACCAGCCUCCAGCUUUGCCCCUCAUCGACUCGUGGGACUUCGAGUUCACCAACCCCUUUAAGGGGAAAAUCUCUGCCCGCCUGGAGUACUUGGGCCCCGAGCACGAGCAGAAUGGACCCAAGCAGGACGACGAACCCGACGGCAGCAGGAUUGCCGUCCGCAACAAGUGCGGCUCAACCACCGUCAGCUUCGUAAGCAGCCAUCCAACCAUACAUACCAUCCAACACACCACGAAACACCACACCAACACGUCAGUCACAUCACAUUCCUUUCUUCCUUCCCCUCUCUACUCUUCCCUUCUUCCUUCCCCUCUCUACUCUACCCUCUCCCUCCCUCCCUCCCCCUACAGGCUGUCCGCGUCACCAUCCAGGACAAUGACACGCAGUACCACCUCGGUAAGCUGGCCGGCGGGCAGGCGGGAGGACAUCACAUCCACCUCUUUACUUACAGUUGGUCUGGCUGCUGUGCUGCCAUGUGUGUUGUGGGUCAGGUUUCUUCCGUGUCCGGCCGGGUGAGACUCGUGUUGUCGACGUUGUGGAGGGCGAUGGAAAACGAGUCGUCGUGUGGUUCGACAUCGGUGGGCAGCCAACACUCGACACAGACCCCAGCCCCCAACCCCGCCAUGUCUGUCUGUCUGUCUGGUGUCUGUGUGUCUGCUGUCGUGUGCCUGUGCGUUUGUGUCUGUGUUCGUGUCAGCGGGGGAUCGUAAGAUCGGCGAUGGCAAUAACGUGAGCAACGGCAUCGGCGACACGGCCAUCCUGCUCGAGCGGGGUGGCAGCGACACGGACAAAAUCUGCGUGGCCCAGCCUUUCCGCCCCUACAACAUCGCCCGUGGCGCCUUUCCAAGGGACUGUCCCGGCAGAAGGUAGGCGGCACUACACACAGCUGUUCGGUGCACAGCAUAUCGGUGCUGCAUGUGUGUUGUGCGUGUGGCAAUAGGUUCUGGGGUCUUGGCAUCCCUCCGUCGGAGGGGACGUGGUUCAACGGGUUCGACACGGAUGGGACCAUCGACCAGUGCACACUCCUCACGGAGCGCCGGUGCACUCUGCUUGCGGUGAGGGAGGGAGGGAGAUAGGGAGGGAGGGAGGGAAGGAAAGGCAGCCGAGCCGGCCACAGACAAGAGGCAGGCACCUUUUCAUCUGCUCUGUCACUCAUUUAUUUCAGGGCGACCCCGGAUUCGUGGACGGCGCCGAGUUUGGGCUGGGCAGGUCAGUGAUCAGACACACACACAGAAACAGGAGGGCCUGAUAUGGCUUCGUGUGUGCGUGUGCGUCGUGUUGUGUGGGUGGAAACAGAAAUAACAGAGCCCGCAUCACGCUGGGCCGUGAUGGCACCGUUAGCGACCCCGACACCUUCGACGAAGACUGCUGAGCCACCCCAGGCAUAUCCAACGAAUGCACCCCCAUACGUACAGGCAAGCAUCGCAACUACGCCCAUCAAAGACCUGCACGCCCAUCUGUCUGUCUCUUCUCUCUUUGCCUGCCGGCCGUUGUCAGAUCGGCAGCUACCUAUCGCAAUGAUCGCGACGCAAUCAAAUGAGAUGCGAUAUUUGUGUCUCCCUCCCCUGUUGGUGUCCACACACAUAUAUAGACACACACACACACAGAGCAUCCACACGGGUGGGCUACACUGGGGCCUUCUGGUCUUACACACAUCUCAGCUCGGCCACCGGAUGCGCCCAUUUUCGUCAGAGGGCUCUGGUGGUUGGGUACAGUACUGACAGCAUGAUAACUGACUGCCUUGUGUGUGUGCGUGUGUGUGGUGCAUCCGUACUUGCCUUCCCUUUUCAUAGAUAGAUAGCAUCUGUCCAUCCCAUCCUGGUGGCAAAGUCUCUUUCCUGUGUACUGCUGCUGCUGCCCUUUGCAAUUAGCUGUCUGUAUUUGUCUUGUCCGUCUGCAUAUGUAUGUAGUGUCUGGCUGGUGUCGGUGAUUUCGCACGCAGACAGCCGCCUUCCCCCCGCCCGCCCAGCCAGCCAGCCAGCCAGGAGGAACGAAUUUUGGGUCUUCGUUCAUCGCAUGCGAAUGUCUGCAUGUGUCUGUAGGGAUAUACCGCUGUAUACACACAGACAGGCUCGUCGUUAGCUGUGUGCUGUUUUUGAUGGGUUGAAUGAAU